AUGUGGUGGAUGCUGUUUCCUCGCUGGAUCUGGUUCGUCUUGGGACAGCUUUUGCUGCUAUUUGUGGACAGACAAUGCGCGAAAGGCAUGACUUUGCAAAGAGUUGCGUAUUCCCACGCAGGGAUCUGUCCAAACGACAUGAACCCAAACUUGUGGGUUGAUGCAAUGAGCACCUGCACGAGAGAAUGUGAAUCUGAUCAGGAAUGUGAAACGUUCGAAAAGUGCUGUGCCAAUGUUUGCGGCAAUCGCAGCUGUGUGGCGGCCCGCUACAUCGAUGCUACGGGCAAGAAAGGGCCCAUGGGCAUGCCAAAGGAGGCAUCCUGCGACAAGUUCAUGUGCACUCAGCAGGGCUCCGAGUGCGACAUCUGGGAUGGCCAGCCUGUGUGCAAGUGCCGCGACCGCUGCGAGAGAGAGCCCCACUUCACCUGCGCCUCAGACGGGAUGACCUACUACAACAAGUGCUACAUGGAUGCGGAAGCGUGCUCCAAAGGCAUCUCCUUAUCAGUGGUGACGUGCCACUUCCACCUCACCUGGCCCAACACUAGUCCUCUCCCGGCAGGCACCACCGCAUUGCCCACCACCACGCUGCAGCGCACCACUCCUGUAGACGUGCACGGUCCUGUCCUGGUGAACAGCCCAUCGCAGCAGUCUGUGUUCGUCGGCAACACGGCCAGCUUCCUUUGUGAAGUCGCUGGCCGGCCAAAGCCAGAGAUCACCUGGGAGAAGCAGAUGGACGGGCAAGGAAAAGUAGUCUUGAAACCCAAUCACGUGCAUGGGAACAUCGUGGUCACCAACAUCGGCCAGCUGGUGGUCUACAACGCUCAACUGCAAGAUGCCGGCGUCUAUACAUGCACGGCCACCAAUGCGGGCGGAUCCAUCCAAGCGCGUUUCCCACUAUCCGUAGUUGAGCAAGAGCCAGUCACCAAGUCGAACUCCACUCGUUUCCCGGCAGAGGAAUGCUUUAAGGUGCCUGAUAGCGAAGACUGUGGGGAGGAAAAGCUUAGUUGGUUUUACCACCCCCAGAGGAACAACUGCUACACCUUCACCUACGGCAACUGCAGCAAAAACCGCAACCACUUUGAUGCUUAUGAGACCUGCAUGUCGUCCUGUCGGGACGAACUCGCCGCUCCUUGUAACCUUCCCAUCUACCAGGGACCUUGCAAGGCGUACGAACCUCGCUGGGCUUACAGCGGAUCCCAGCGCCAAUGCCAACCGUUCGUAUACGGCGGCUGCAAAGGCAACGAGAACAACUUCAAAACCAAAGAAGCGUGCGAGGAUGCCUGCCCGUUCCCGAGGAACCAUCGCUGCAAGCCGUGCAAGCCACGGCACAAGAUGGUGACCAGCUUCUGCAAAAGCGAUUUCGUGAUUCUGGGACGUAUGACGGAGCUGACCGAGGACCAGGACUCGGGCCACGCUCUGAUCACCGUGGAGGAGAUUCUGAAGGAUGAGAAAAUGGGGCUGAAGUUCUUUGGGAACGAGCCCUUGGAGGUGACGUUUCAGAACAUGGACUGGGCCUGUCCGUGUCCGAACGUCACCGCCUCCGACGGUCAGAUCAUCAUCAUGGGGGACGUCAACAACGGCAUGGCCGUCCUGCAGCCCGACAGCUUCAUCGUCCUUUCCAGCGUCCGACGCGUCCGUAAGCUCCGCGAGGUCAUCAAUAAAAACACCUGUGACAUUUUGAAAGAGUUCAUCCAGUAGGACGUUUUCCAGAUGUCUGACAUCACAUAAAGUAACGAUUAAAUCGUUGUUCUGGGGUUCUAAGAAUCGGUCUUUUAUGUACAGCUUUUGUACCCAGACUGUUUGCUUUGACAAGGUUAGACAUGUUUCUACAGCUUGAAUAGAAAUGCUCACAUCAACUUGGAAGGUUUUUAUAAGAGUUGCCCUUACAGUUUAAAGUAAAAGAACAUUGUGGACAUUAAUCAAACCCAUCUGCUCACACAAAAAUCCCACAAAUGCUCUGUCAUCUGACGAUUUUGAUAAAUUCAUGUUUUUGUUUUUUUCUCUCUGUGCUUGGUUGACCUGUUGUAUUAUAGAGUUAGAUUUGCUUAAUACACUUAGAUAAGUUGUAUAAUAUUGAAUAUAAGAUCAAUUUCAGUAGGAGAAAUAAUCCGUCUUUAAGGCUCACUUGUGUAUAGAACUGAGUGUAUAUGAUUUAGCACAGACUGCAUUUAUUUUAAGCUAUUUAU